AUGAAAGUGUAUGUAGAAGAAAUCCCAGAAAAUCCCGACCCAAAUACAGCUAAAAGUCCUGGACCAAAAGAAGAUCCUGGGGCAAAAGCUGCUGAAAAUCCAGAAGAUGAUAGAGUUGUCAGGCCAAAAAUUUUAAAUGUUUUUGAUCCCCCAGUGCCUAAAGAGACUUUAUAUUCUAAAUAUUACCUCUUAAAUGAAGUGAUUGGGAAAGGUGGCUUUGGCAAAGUGUUCAAAGGGAUUCGUAUAUCAGAUGACAUUCCGGUUGCCAUCAAGCGAAUAUUCAAACGAGUCAAUGAAGGAACUCUUUAUUUUCCCGGAUACCCCAAACCCCUCAUUACUGAAGUGGCGCUGAUGCUUAAGUUAAAAGAUGCGCCCUCAUGCCCCAAUGUCAUACAGUUGUAUGACUGGUACGAGACUAGAUACGAUUACAUGCUCGUGUUGGAGUACCCUCAGUACUGCGAAUCCUUGUCGGAUUUUGUUAAUAGUGAAAGACAACUAAGUGAAAAUAUAGCAAGACAUCUCAUGCGUCAGGCAGUACUGGCAGUGAAACACUGUCUGGAUAAUGGAGUUUUUCAUACAGACAUCCAUCCCAAGAACUUCUUGGUGGAGAAAUUCACAAUGAACCUGAAGUUAAUUGACUUUGGGCUUGGACAUUAUCUUAAGGAUGAGGAAUAUUAUUCCUACGCCUUUAAGGGAGCUUACUGUUGCACCCCGCCUGAGAUCCAAACAGAAUUGACAUACUACGCCAUGCCAGCAAACGUCUGGGCCUUAGGUGUUUUGCUGUACUUCAUGGUGCUUGGAACUGUCCCCUUUCCUUUAAACGCCUUUUAUUCCGGGAAGCUGAAGAGAAAUGAGAAGGGUUUAUCAAACGAAAUCUGUGAUCUGAUAAAACAGUGCAUGGCCAAGAAUCCAAGUGAUCGUCUGACGCUCGAGCAGAUCUUAGAUCAUGACUGGUUUAAAACUGAGUCUUACGAAGGAGAGCUACUCUAUUACCAAAAGAGGUAA